CUCAAAUUUCGUAUUCACAAGUAAAUAAAACUUGUUACCAAAGCUUCUCUUUUUUUUUCUUCUCUUUCAUGUCGAAUACGGACGAUUCUCUUGACAUGAUGACCACUUCUUCUGUCAUGUCCGAAACGACACCCGAUACUAUAGUAACGUGGAAACUCCCGCCCGCGCCAAAGCCUGGUAUCCUUAACAACCCUUCCAUUGCGUCUCAGCCGCCGCUGAGCGGACUCGAUAACAGCGACAGCAGUGAUAACAGCAGUGGGAUAAAAUUCAGGAACUCGGAACGAUCGGAUCCAUCUCCUUGCAGUCCGUCGCAGCCUUCCUGCUGUACUUUGGAUACCCAUCCUUUCCGAAAUAUUGAUGAAUUUGAGAUCAAAGCUCCUAUUGGUUACGGAUCCUCGGCCAUCGUCUACAGCGCUAUUUAUACACCGUAUAACAAGCGUGUAGCGAUCAAAAUCAUCGAUCUCGACAUGUUUGAAAGGAACCAGAUCGAUGAAUUACGACGUGAAACGGCUUUAAUGGCAUUAUCUAAACAUCCUCAUGUGCUACGAGUGUAUGGCUCAUUUGUCCACGGUUCUAAACUCUAUAUUGUUACUCCAUAUUUAGCAGGAGGUUCUUGUCUGGAUAUCAUAAGGACGGGUUUCACAAAAGGAUUAGAGGAAACCGUGAUCGCCACGAUUCUGAAACAAGCACUGGAAGGAUUGGCAUACUUGCACAGAAAUGGGCAUAUCCAUCGUGAUGUCAAAGGAGGCAACCUGCUAGUUGCUGAAGAUGGCACCGUGCUUUUAGCGGAUUUUGGCGUUUCAAGUUCGUUAAUGGAAUCCGAACAAAGAGGCCAGCGCAAGACUUUUGUAGGCACGCCUUGCUGGAUGGCGCCUGAAGUGAUGGAACAAACGGGGUAUGAUUAUAAAGCAGAUAUAUGGAGCUUUGGUAUCACGGCCAUCGAGCUAGCCACUGGUCAUGCACCUUAUGCCCGGUUGCCGCCCCUCAAGGUAUUGAUGUUGACCUUGUGCGAGAAUCCGCCUACAUUACCACGGGAAUCGACCCAACAUAAAUAUUCGCGCGCAUUCAGAGAUUUGAUUGACAUGUGCUUGCAGAAAGAUCCCAGCAAAAGACCAUCAACGGAAAAGCUAUUGCAACAUAGCUUUUUUAAACAAGCCAAGAAAAAAGAGUAUUUGGUUAAGCACUUGUUGUCUGAUCUACCGCCUUUGGAACUGCGUCCUCGCAAAAUCGUUCCACGAAAACAGUUUGCAAUCACUCCAGCGGAUGAAUGGGAUUUCAAUGAUGAAGAGCACCAGCAGCACAAGGAUAUGCAUUCAACUGAUUUGGACUCGAAGCAAUCUCAAGCAUCAUCUGAAAGCAAGUGUUUUUCUCAGAAUACCACGAAUACGGGUUUUUUGUCAAUUGGCCAGCAGGAAGCAGCCGGUAUGGCAUUCGUUCCAAAGCGACAUAUUUCGUUUGGAGACGCAGUAAUUCAUCAGUCGAGCCACUCUGGGCAUCCUCCACCGGAACAUUUUUGUCAGCAGCGUUCUCAAACCGCCGAAUCAGAUGUAGUUCAAUCCCCAGCUUUGGACAAAGCGCCAGUAGAGACUGCGGCUUCCCCUAUCGAUGAAACAUGCAAGCAUACCUAUAGUAGAGCCUCAGAAAUACCUACCCCUAUGCUCCAUAUUGAGCCGACCACUGAACAUAAACUGCGAACUGAAGUUCAUCAUGUCAUUAGUCCGCAGGGUCAUCCAAGCAGCCCCCUGUUAAGCGCUCAUUUGCCGUAUAAAUGUGGUUCAGUGCCUCUGUCACGAGGUCAUUCAUCUUCCUCCCAUACAGGCAUACCUUUAACACGCGACAACUCUGCCCAUAACCGGGUGUCUCGAUUUUACACCGAGAAAGAGCGAGAUUCAGAUCAUACCUUUGAAUCGCGUAAAGUCGGCCGAUUCGAACUCACCAGCAGUGUCAUUGAAACUUUGCCUGCAACAUCUCACUUUGAAAAGUCGGAAGGCAUCGAUGAUCGAUGUGACGGGUCUCGUUCUUCCUCUUCUUCUCCUUUAUCCUCUACGUCGCCUUCUUCGUCAGUUUCACGCGGUCAAUCUUUGCGAUCGCCGGUCGAAUUAGAUGCAAUACGGACGCUCCAAUGUUCCCUAGAGGAACUGGUACGCCAAAAUGAACUGCAGCACCAAAUGCUGCAGCAUGUUCUCCAAAUGUUAAAUCUACGUUCCGAAAUCCAAUGCAAGAACUCUAUCUCGGAUCUGAGAAAGAUUAUGUCUACAGCCGCGUCCCGAGAUGUAAAACCCCUUCAUGCAUACCAUUCUCACGUAUCAAGCCGCCAUAGUGUGGUAAAUAGCAUAUCUCCUCCUGCUAUCGUUAGUAUCACCGACUUUUGUCCUUCCUAUUUGAGUAGUAACCGAGAUCCUCUUAGGCAACGAUGGAGCAUCAACUGCAAAUAGUCAUUCGCGAUAAUCUCAUACUACAAAAGGAGAACGACAAUCUUCAAAAAGAGUUGGAACAACUGCGGCGAAAUUAUCUGUUGCCCACUGUUAAUUAACUGAUACACUUUACUCAUCAUUCCAUCCGUUUGUGAAAAAAAAGAAAAAAA